AUGGGUAACGAAAAGGAUGAUGACAAGCCACCGGAGAAAGCCCUCGAUGAGGGAGUGGUAGCUGCUGGAGUCCCUGUGCCUCGAAUGAGCAAUGAACUGGCAGCAGCCGAUGCGGCUGUGAGGGCCAAAGCACCCGUCGUCGAUGUGUCUACUUUGAAACCAUUGGAGCCAGCGACGCCUGUCACGGAUGUUGGAGUUGGAGUCGGCUUAUCCUCUACGGAGACGGUUACCAGUGCGACGCAAACCAUGACGUCCAACACCACGGAAUCCAUUCUUGCCGUGGAGGAUCCAGAAAAGCGCCAAGAACAGCCAGGAGGCGCAACUGGGCCAGGAGCGGCUACCUUGGGCAUGCCGGCCUUGUCUAGGGGUAACUACCAACAACCUACAGCCACUCCAGGAGCCUUUGGUGUCUCGGGUGUGAAUGGUCCAGUGGUUGCUGCCGAGGAGAGUUCGUCCGAGGAAGACGAUGAUGAAGAGACAGCAGCGGCUCCCAACAAUGAUGGAUUGGCCGUAGCGGCACCGGUCACGGAUGAAGCUCGUCGUGAUAUUGAAAACGCCCGUCUUGUCAUGCCGAACGCAGCUCAAGAGGCGAAACGCAAACAGAAAAAUUUCUUGAUGACCAUUGGAGUACUGUGUGCCAUUGCCAUUGUUGUGUUUAUUAUCAUCUUUUUCGUGGUGCAGGGAGAUAAAAAUGAUGGUACUAGCGAGGAAACCUCUGCGCCUGCUGUGACAUAUAAUGCUACGUCCGCCCCAUUGGAACCUACCGAACUCUUAAAGUCGUUGCUCCCUGACCACACUCUUCCCAAGCUCGUGUCCGAGGCGACGCCACAGUCCAGGGCAUUCAAAUGGCUCAUUGAAGAUCCAAACUUUACCAACUACACCAACAAGCGAUUGCAGCAGCGUUUUGCCCUUGCCACAUUCUACUACAGCUCCGAUGGAGAAGCCUGGGGCCCCGACUGGCUCAACAUUACCCAACACGAGUGCAUGUGGGCAGACUUUAUGCCAGGAGGAAAAGAGUACGAUAGAGGCCAGGAAUAUCGACAUUAUGAGUACAAGUACAUUGAUGGUCCCUGUUUUCCGAUUGGAUACAACAGCACGGCGCUGGUGAAUGCGACAGAGUACCCGAGCGACUUUCCAGAUGAUUACCUCUACUUGGCCAUGACGGGACAAGAAUUGGGUGGUGAGCUCCCAGCGGAAGUAUCCAUGUUGUCAUCCCUCAAGCUGGUGCAGUUCGACUAUACUACCAUGAUCGGAACUGUCCCCACGAUUCUGGCAAAUCUGACGGGUCUACGCGAACUACAUCUCUUUGGGAGUGCCUUUUCAGGAGCCGUUCCAUCCGAGUUGGCCAGGUUGACAGACUUGCGAAUUCUCGUCAUGGGUGGAUCGGAAUAUCUCACCGGGACGUUGCCCUCAGAACUUGGACUGCUUUCGAACAAUCGUAUCUUAAAAAUUGCCGAAAGCAAUGUCACAGGAACUGUCCCACUGGAGUACACGGGCCUUACUCCGCUCAUGUUCCAGCUUUAUCGAAAUAACCUAUUUGGAACCAUUCACACGGAAUUUGGUUUGUUCUCCACAGUCGAGUGGUUCAUGCUGGAACGGAAUGAAUUGGUAGGGACGAUUCCGUCGGAGCUUGGAAUGAUGUCCAAGCUGGACCUCAUGUACUUGCACGAGAACCACGUUUUGUCUGGCACAAUCCCGACCGAGUUGGGCUUGAUCUCAAACUACAGGUUGCAAUUUUAUCUGCAUACAAAUGCAUUGACUGGAACAAUCCCAACGGAAUUUGGUCAAGCCACUGACGAUUUCUGGAGGCUCCGUCUUGAUUGGAACCAGCUCACUGGAAAAAUCCCUAGCGAACUGGCCUUAACCACAUCAAUGCACGUUUUGUCGUUGCAAGACAACUUGCUAACCGGUACGAUUCCAACCGUGGUUGCGGCGCAGUUCAGACUGCAGUAUUUCCGAGUACAGCUCAACCACUUGAGUGGAAUUAUCCCCUCUGAGUUUACUGUUGGCGCUAGAAAAACCAAGUUUAUUCAGUUCCACAUUGAUAACAAUGACUUUUCCGGUACCAUACCAACGGAGAUUCGAAACUGGACGCACUUGGUACACUUCUCGGCUCACAACAACCGUUUGACAGGAGUCAUCCCAUCACAGCUUGGAGUUUUAACCAAGCUCCAAUCUUUCUAUGUUGAUUCCAACCUGCUGACCGGAGAGCUCCCGCCUCACCUUGGAAAUAUUACAACCCUCAAAGAGUUUUCUGUCGGGGACAACCAAUUGACUGGGACAGUUCCUGAGGAGCUGGGCUGGCUAGUGAAUGAUGGGGCAUUGAAGCUUUUGAACUUGACCCACAAUGACGGUCUGUAUGGAGAUAUCCCUGCACCCAUCUGCAAUCUGACUGAUGACCCGGCUUUGGGUAAUGUUUUGGAGUUUGAUUGUGGAAAUCUUUGUGGCUGUGAUUGUGACUGUGACAAUGUGUCAGCUUUUGUUCUGAUCGGCGAGAAUGGCACUGUCUUGGCAGAAUCAAACUUGGCAGCAUCGAAUGAAACUGUCUUGGCUGAAUCAAAGAGCGGAGUGAGUGUUGGAGGGGUGUGGGUACGGUAG